GUAUAAUCAUAGUUUCUCUUUUCUAACAUUCCAACAUUUGUUGAGAUUUUUUUUUUGGAUAAGCCGUGUCCUAAUUCAGAUUUACCCAUUCUUUGUAGCUUUUCGUUUAUUUUUCAGCAGAUCAGUCGCAACACUGUUCAUCGUGCGGUACUGUUCACGGGAAAAAAAAAACACAUUUAAGUUUUUCCGCCAUAUCCCUUAUUCGUUCCGAUCACCGGUGGGUUUAUCCUUAGUCUAUUUAAACACAUAAGCUUUCUGGCCAUAAUCCUAAAACCUUUUUUUUUCACGCAUCGAAAUCCUAAUUUUCGAUCUGUCAACUUUUGCCCCCCAGAAAUUAUAAGAUUGAAACUAUUGUCACAAGUUUGAGUCCAACUCACAAUCUAGAAUUUCAUUCUAAGAUUGAAACUAUUGUCACAAGUUUGAGUCCAACUCACAAUCUAGAAUUUCAGUUUGUGAAAUAAUCUGUAUUGUAUUGUAUACCUCAAAAGAUGUCUCAAGUAAUUAUCAACGACAACGAAGUUGACAUUGUGAUUGGUGCCCUCCACUCUGAACUCACAACUUUUAUGAAUGAAUGGAAGCCAAUUUUCUCCCGUUUCCACUUGAUAAUAGUCAAAGAUACUGACCUCAAGGAAGAACUCCAAAUUCCCGAAGGAUUUAGUGCAGAUGUCUAUACAAAAUCUGAAAUUGAGCAAGUGGUGGGUUCCUCCACUUCCAUUCGCUUCUCUGGCUACGCUUGUAGAUAUUUCAGCUUUCUAGUUUCAAAGAAGAAGUAUGUUGUCUGUAUUGAUGAUGAUUGUGUUCCAGAAAAAGAUAAUGCGGGGAAUUUCGUAGACGCUGUGGCUCCGCAUAUUGUGAACCUCAAGACUCCUGCCACUCCUUUCUUCUUUAAUACGCUAUAUGAUCCAUUCUGUAGGGGUGCAGAUUUUGUUCCCGGCUACCUAUUUAGCCUUCGAAAUGAGGUUGAUUGUGCUCUGUCGUGUGAACUAUGGCUCAAUCUGGCAGACCUUGAUGCACCAAUUCAGGCUCUCAAGCCAGCGCAGAGGAAGUCACGAUAUGUGGAUGCAGUUCUGACAGUUCCUGUUAGAGCGAUGUUGCCGGUGAGUGGAAUCAACAUUGCCUUUAACCGAGAAUUAGUUGGCCCGACAUUGGUCCCAGCUUUGGUGUUGGCAGGAGAAGGAAAAAUCAGGUGGGAAACUGUGGAAGACAUAUGGUGUGGAUUGUGUGUGAAAGUUAUAUGUGACCACCUAGGCCUCGGUGUGAAAAGCGGGUUGCCGUAUGUUUCGAGAACAGAAAGAGGAAAUGUCAUAGACAAAUUGAAGAAAGAAUGGGAAGGAGUGAAAAUGAUAGAGGAAGUUGUUCCUUUCUUUCGGUCUGUAAGGUUGCCACAAUCAGCUACGACAGCAGAGGACUGCGUGGUCGAGAUGGCCAAAUCGGUGAAGGAACAACUGGGGAGAUGCAUUACUAGUGUUGUUUUGAUGAGAGAUGCAAAUGGUAGGUCAAAGUGUUUUGGUUUUGUCAAUUUCAAAAAUCCAGACAAUGCUGCUAAUGUUGUGGAGGCAUUGAAUGGGUGUCUUCAUUCUGAUUCUGAGAAUAAUGGGUAUCUUGAUUCUGGGAAUAGUGGUCGCACAGAUUGUGGUGUCCUUGGGAAGUGGACCGUGGGAUCAGAUUUUUGGUGGAGGAAACUCUCCAGCCUUUGUCGUGGCAGCUGUUGCAGCCCUUAUGAGUGGGCUCUUAGCUGACAAGUUUGGAAGAUUUGCAAUUCAAUUGAUGGGAUUCUUCUUGGUGCACGAUUAUGCUCUCUUCGAUGGUUUCAAAUUUGCCCUUACUUUUCAAUUUUUGAUCAACGGAAAUAUGUGUUAUUGUUCAAACAACCGUUAUCUCUCUUGUUUUGGACGCAUUUUCUCACUCCGUUGAUCGAUCAUGGUUUCAUUUCAUUAGAGUCGCGCUGCUUCUUCUUCUGUGUUUGUCAUGCAAUUUAGUUCUUACUAAUAGAUUAUAAUAGUGGCUUCUAUACCCACUGACGAUCAUUCCGGUGGUGUCCCUUUUUCCACAAAUGAAUCAUAUUAGUGAUGACUUCUUUUUCCAUUGAUAUUCAUUCUGACAAUGUCUUUUAUUUUUAUGACUCACACUUUAGCAUGGCAAUUUGUCCCAAAUGCACUGGCCCUAUCUUUGUCCUAGAUGUACUGGCCUUGCCUUUCUCUCCUUGAAGCACGCCUCUUCAAUAUUAUUGGUUUGAAGCUUCCAAAUGCAGUUUUUAGA